UUGUCAGCUUGAGUUCAAUCUGGUGGGUUGUGAAUUCGCAAUGUGCGAGUGCUGAUGGAGUUGAGUGUUUUGAGUUGGAGUCUAAAUUCACGUUUUGAUAAGGUGUGAAAAUCAAAAGAAAAUCGAAGCUGUGUUUUUGUGUUUUUCGAAGAUUCCAAUUCUAGGCACUAGAGCCCUCAACAUUUAAAGCGUGUGACAAUUAGCGGUGACAAUUACUUAGAAUAAUACAGAGUGUGACAUAAUAGUGACGUAUUCAUCUUUCCAAGUCUGUGUGCAUUAAAUGCCUACACAAUCCACGUUCCCAUACACGAAAGUGUUUAAAAAGUGAUUAUUCUGCUGGAGUGCAACUCGAGACAAAGGAUUUACUUCCAGCGUCAUUCGGUGAAUUACGUGUGAAAAACAAAGGUUUCACAUGGAUGGACCUACAUAAUUCUACAUUAAUCUAAAGGACAGCGUCGGAAAUCUCAGGACACUAAAAAAGAUGCCGUCGUCGUCUUUGGAACAAUGUCAAGAAAGGCUUGUUGCCGAAAAAAACAAUCCUCCACAAAGAGUUGGAUGGAUACUGAUGCAUAACUUGAAAUACAUUGAAAAUUAACUGUACAAUUUUUCCAGAACAUUUUUUGUUACUAAUUUUGUGCGAUACAUUAUUCAAAUGUCAUGUUUCGUGGGAGAUUCCACGACCAAAACUAGAAAAUGCUGAAAUGGUUGAAGAAGCAGCCGACUAAUCACAUUCUUCGUGGUGGAAUUAGCAAUAAUAAUGAUGGCUCUCACGAGGUUGGUCAGAACAAAAUAAUUACGGAUGACCCUUUGGCCACCAUUCAAGUUAAUCCUCAGCAGAAAAAGUCAAAAAAUAAAUCUGAAGAGAUCUAUGCCGUGAGCAGAGUCAACCCACUAUUCGAAGAGGAAGAAGUUCCCAAAGUUGUACUUGGUGGGGGAAACCAAUCAGGGAGUUCUGGAUACGAUUCUGGCAGUCAAACCCACAGUGAUGACGAUGAAUUGAAAAGCCCCCACCGACAAAGAACGGAUGCUUUAUCCUCUACGUCGUCCACGUCUAGCUUCUCAGUUUUAAGUAGGGCACCAGCCAAACAUGGUCAAUUAUUCCGAGACGAGGAUGACCCUGUGGUUCACUCCCAAGCUGCCAUUCUCUCAGCAAACGGACGACCUGUUCUUCACAUUGUGGAACAAAAUCCUGACUUUGUUCACAGCAUUGCAGUGUCCGUGGGAGGAGGAAGGCCCCUCAGUCCGAUUGAUGAAACUAACUUGCACCCCAACGUUAAAAGUAGCUACCACCUCACAGAUGCCAUUUUCCCAAAGCAUAAUUCAAAUUCCACAAAAGUCAGUGUUCAUCCUGUCCCCACGAGAAAUAAUCAAACAAAGGCGGAGGACAAUAUCGGCGUGGCCAAAAUAGUACAUAAGGAAAAUCGCUAUGUGCAAUCUAUCGUGAUAGGAGCACCAUCCCCGGAAGGAGGAAAGUCUGCAACAUUGUCGUCAGUGACAAGAUUGUCGCAAACACCAGUACCCCCACCGCUUGCACUGCUUCCACCACUGAGCAAAAAACCAUCCGUUACAUUUUCAGAAAUGGUUGAGCUCGUGGCACCAAAGGAGACAAAUGACAAAGUAUUAAUCAAACAAAGGCAGCCCCCACCUUAUAGGAAGCCGUCCGCAGAACAAGACUCCAUUGUGACAGAGUCCUUACUGCUGCUUACAAGUAGUAAACCUCUGGAGCUGAAUAAAGGGAAUGGGAACAACAGCAGCAACAAUGCAAAUAGACUAGUGAACCAUCAUUCAUCAAAGUCAUCAAAGUCAGGAGAGCGGAAGUCUUCGAGUUCCUCUUGCUCCUCAAGCGGUAUCAGCAGUGGUGAUGGCAGUGGUGGCUUGGUUCAAAGGAAUCAAAGGGCAAAGGACCUUGAAGACUUCUCCAGCUCUAUUUGCAAAAACCAUCCUGUGAAACAUAUUUUAUCAAAUAGCGGAAAGUCUCUCGAAAUUAAUCAAGCCGCGGACCACUACUCGUCAAAUGAAUACGUUGACCAUCACAAUAACCGUCACACUAAACACAAGAAAGGAUGUGACAAUAGUGAUGAUCAGGACUCCACGUACAGCGAGGCUGGGUCAUCAGCUUCACAUAAACGCAGGAGCGAUGAUGAUGAUCGGGAUGACGAUGGGAAACGCCAAUGCCUGCCACGAGGAUCCUGUCCCAAGUCACCAUUUGGCGGAAUUGCUGAUCAUUAUGCAGCUGCCAAAGAAAUUGCCAAAGAGAUUGAGUCAUAUUCAAACGGGUCUGCAAAAACAAGUUCAAAGAAAAGUAUUGUCCGCGACCUUCUUUCGGGGCGAGGACGCGAAGCAUUAGCAUUUCACACGGCCGUGCGGAAAGCAGCAGCAGCGGCAGAAUUCCACAAAAGCGGAUCUUUUUAUGCCCAACAACAGCAGUUUGGCCACGCCCAAGAAGCUUCUUCUCCUCAACGCCACGGCAAUUAUCCCGUGUCCAACGACGCCAUUGAGGAGUGGGAGUCUGUCCGGGUGCAACAAGUGUACUUGAAGGGACGGUCUUGGAAGGAGGUUGAGCCACCGUCCUCCUCUUCGGCCCUCUCCUCAGCCUCGUCUCAGGAGGAUGGGGAUCGUUUCCGAUUUGCGGGUCAACGAGUGAUGUCAAUAAUUCAACAAGGGCAAGUUCAUUCGAACAAAAAGGACACGAUCGUCAAUGGUACGACGACUACGAGCAACGCUGCUUCCAUUCACUCGCAUCCACAACCAUCACCAUCGUCAAGUAAACAACAUUUGAAGAGUUCCAUUUACGGCGGAGAUGGUCUUUCCAGCGAAGGAGCAUCCUCUCACAAUGAAGGAGAUGAUGACGCGUCAUCAGACUCUGGAAACUCAACCGACCGGAAUUCCAAAGGUAGCAGACCUGUACUUGUCCAUGACCGACGGACUACAAUAUCACGUUCCAAAAUUCCGGUCAAAGCACCAGAUCCAAGUAGUCGUCCAUCAGAUGAGGGCACUUUGGGCGGCGAGUUAUCCCACAUGGAUAAAGUGAUGAUAGUCACUGGAGAUAGUCAAAAUAUGGUCGUAGAUCUGAGUGGAGUUCCUCAGGAUUUGCGCGAAGCGAUUAUUUCUGGAACCGCAUUAAUUACCUUACCCGAUGGACUGACAGCUUCUUCCGCUAAAAAAGGAGGCUACACGAUUAUAUCUCUACCAAACAACAACAGCAGCCCUUCAAUCAAUGCAAACCCAUCAUCUCCAACCCCACCUUACCGACCGCCGAGCACUGGUGCAAAAUCAACUGAUCAUAAAAAGAAGAGUCCUUUAAGCACUUCUCAGACAGAGGCUGAAAAUGAAAUUAAAGUCAUUCCCACGAUUCCUUCCACUUCCGUCAACAUAAAUGUCAGCCAGUUGGAGAGGGGGGAGCUCUAUGACCACAUUUUCAACCCUUCCAAUUUCACCUCAAAGAACAAGACGCGAGUCUGGGAUAUGAUGCAACAAAGUGUUCAACAAACUUUGAUCGAAGGCGAGAACGGGAAGAAGAAGCGAAUUACUACAGUCCUUCCAUUUCACCCGAAUCAGGACGUUUAUAAAUCUCCCGACUUCACGAUGGAAGGUCAUCGUCUGGAACAUCAAAGGAAGAAGUUAGAUAUUGCAAAAAAGCGUAGAUGUGCCUGUCGAGUGUUUGGAAUCUUUUUCUUCUUGGCAACCUUCAUUGGCGUGCUUGUAGCUCUGAGCAUGAUUUAUACCAAAGGGCAACGCUACUUCGGCUCCGUUUAGUCGUCUCCUAACAAAACAUCAUGUUUAUCGUCAUUGUUAUAUCGUUACCUAUUUUACUAUAAUAAUAGUAAGAAAAAGAAAAUCUCAUUCGUUCGUGAUCAUAAAAAUGUCAAGAAAUUAAAAUGCACGAAAUUGUUUUGUAAAUUAAUCGCGUCGAUUAUGUAUGAAUUGAUUUAAUUGGAUUAAUUGAAAAAUAUAUUUUAAAGUCGAGGUCACAACCUUUCAAAUCAUGACAAAAACAGCGAAAAAAAUCAAUCUACUUACAAUGAUAACUAAAUAGUCACUCGAAGAUCCUGGAGUAGAGUAGAAUUCUGUAAGUUACAUAUGUCAUGUUUAAUUUCAGCUUAAUUUAGUUUUUGGGUUUCACACAAGAAAAUCAGAAAAAUUAAUAAGAGCUCGAAAGUAGACAUGCAUAGACCUGUAUAUUUCUUAACUUGUAAAUAUUCUGUAGAAAUUAGUCUGUACCCCAGUUUACCAUUAAUGUAAUAUUUUUAUGGAAUACAUACAUCAAUAUGUACUCAAACCGAUUUUCUAACGUGUUUAGUUCGGAAAUUCGGUGUAUUAAGAGUUAAGGUGUAGAAUAUAUGUUGUCGGAAAUUUAGUUGUACUUAUUACAAAAAUCAGUUGUUUUUGUCAUAUACAUAUUUACAUUAUAUACAAUUUUCUUUUUGUUAAUCUUUAAUCUGCUUAAACCUUAUCUAUAAACUAUCUAUAAUCCACUCUAUUCAAUCUGUAUUUGCAAACGGCAUGUGAACGUUAAAAAUUCUACUACUUGAGAAAUGCAUGUUCCACACUUGUAUUACGCCAUCUGAAAUAUGGCCGUAUAUACAUACUUACAAAACCAAUAAACUAGUUUCAUCCUCAACUAUCGAAGAUUGAGGUACGUAUUCCUCAAUAUCAAGACUUUACCAAUUUGAAGACUUUAUGUAAUAAUAAUCUAUGUUCGUAAUUAUCAAGAAGACCCUUCCACAUAUUCUUGUAUUCCUGUGAGAUUUAAUUAGAAAAUGCUGUCAUUGAUUUAAUGAUGUAUUUGUGCUUUUGUUCUUUAUUACAUUUGUAUCCGAAAUUGGUGACAAUAAAUGCAAGAAAAUUAGUCAUACAUGA